CGCGUGGUUAGGGUUUUGGUAGUUAACUUCGCUUGAACUUCGAUCCUCAGGAUACUGUAAAAUUCAUCUACUGCAUUUUAGAUGAAAUAGCUGGAAGUGUAGAUCACUUAGGAGAAUGUCAGGUUACAGGUCUAUUACCCCUUCUCUCCCGAGUUGAAAGUACAUUUAAGUAUAGUCAUUACCAACUCUCACAAGCCUUGACAUCUUUUCUUAUGGAUGAUUUCUCCACAUGGUGUAUCUAUCGUUUAGUCGUGAUCGCUUGUCGUCCACAAUUCACAUACCACCUGCAGGUUGUUGGAGAUCUGAUUAGGUCACUCAUGUUAUUUCUUGAAAGGCAUCAUUUGAAUAUAUAUCUCAAGAAGGCUGUACAUUUAGUAUCUGUCUUUAACGAUUUAUUGAACACAAUGGAACUUUUUGAUCAAAGAGGUUCUGGUGAUUUCAAUUGGAUACUGAGGGCGCCUACUAAACAAAGCACCAUUGUUCCUCCUGAAGAUAGUAAAUCAAAUGAGCUUAAAUUUCAUUGUUUGCCGAUUGAGUUAUCAGCUUUAAGGGAGGCAUACCGACUAGUGUCUAUUCUAAGUUAUACGCUGGGCUCAUUAAUUGCCAGUUUUCACGCUUACUUACCCUCUGUUGUCCAGCAUAUAUUUCGUAUUCUAUGUAUUGCUGUGGAACUAACUGAUGUACACGGUAAACAGAAAGCCUUAGAUGCAAUUUAUCAAGGCACCGACGCAUUAAUAAACUUAGUUCAUGAACCAAUUUACAGCUCUACGACAUUUAAUUAUAUUUACGCUGCUAGUGGUCUAGUACUCACUUUUCUGAGUUCAUGGCAUGAAGGAACUGUGAACUUACCACCAGAUUUACUGAUAAUAGAUGAGUGCACAAACUUAGAAAAUACAACUGUACUUUGUCUACGUUUGCUUAGUAUGAUUGAACAACGUAUUGUUAAACUGAACCAACCUAGUUAUGAAUGCUUUAAUCAUCAGAAGUUAUUAAAUAGAAUUUGUUUUCAAAUCCUAAAAAGUGACUGGAUCAGAAAUUCCAACCAUCGGGAUCUUAAAUAUGCAAUAAUAGAUUUCAAUUUACACUUCUUAUCCAUAUAUCUUUUGUCUAAUGGGAAGAAUUUACUCUGCAUGAUACCUUUUAUUUCAAAUGUUGAUGAGGAAGUAACCAAAUGCUUUGAAGAUGAUGAAUACCUUUUCAGUCCGCUUUCGAUUAUUAUACCGAUUGAAAUGUUUGGUAUACAGUAUCAAUCCAUUAUAUCAAAAAUUCUUUUUUCUUGCGAUAUCGUUAAUGUUAAAGAGUUCCUCCAAGCUCAUGUGGUCAAAAAUCCUGUUUGUGAUGAUAUUACACAGGAAACCAUCAAAGAGUGGAUAGUUUUCAUAAGGAUCUGGAGUGGCUUAUCAGAUCUUCAAAGCCUUAUGGGGUUAAAAGAUCCAAUUCAAAAAUUAUCAGCUCAAUCAUUUCAUGGUGUAUUCGACUAUCUAACCAAAUCGAUUCACUUCAGUUCAACAACGAAACCUAUCAACUCUAAAAAGUUUGUAACUACUUACUUUGGUCUGCGUCUAUUAGCCAACGCUGUUAUAACUAUUCAAGAUUUCAGUCUUUAUGACAUAUCUGUGUUACAGUCGUUAAUCACAUGGUUGAAGAAUAUGAAGUCCCAAGUAAAAUGUGAUGAAAGGCAUUGGAUUUAUAUUUGUGGACCUACAAUAUCAUUAUUAUGUUCGUUAAUAUUUUGGGUUUCAUCUGCGAAUGUGAUGUCUGCAGAGGAGCUGUCAGACAUUUUGGUUGACUACAUUAUGAGUUAUAUAACACUGGAUAAAGAUCACAUCACUAUAUGGCUACAUUAUCUACUUAAUAAAAUGUCAAAAUCCUCAUCGGAUGGAAAUUUCGAACUAGCAGUUAAGCAAUGUCUAUUUCUCAAAUUAUUCAAGCAAUUAAAGAAUGAUCAAUCCAUGACAAAAUCAAUGAUAAUAUUACUGUGCCGUUUAUCAACCAGCAUUCUAUGCAGCGUUAAUAACUGCCAUACUGGACCUUCGUUAUACUGUACACAUAGUAUACACAACAGAUUUGACUUUUCAAAUUCAUCAAUUGAAAACAAUGCAGAAAACGUGGAGAAUUUAUCUUUAUUCGAAUAUAUUGAAUUUUUGUCUUUCAUGUUCGACCAAAGCAAAAUGGUUGAAACUAUUGAUGCUUUGAUAAAUGAUUUUGCUGUUUAUUUGGCCUCUCACAUAAAAUGGAGUUUCCUAUCAACUGAUCAAAUAUGGAUUUAUUUUACACUUAUCAUAAAGAAUUUAUGCGGAUUUACACCAUCCAUUGUCCGUAAGAUUUUUAGUGAUACAUCAAAUAAUUUGUCGAAAACAAAUUUAAAUUCAUGGAUAAGUAUGCAUAAAUCUAUUAUGGAAUUGUUAAACAAUCAGUCCAAUGAAAAGUCAACUGAUAUAUCUAUCGCUACAACAGUUGAAUAUCAUAUCAUGAUAUAUGGUGCUUUAGGAUGUUGUCUAGCCAGUUGUUAUGCUGAUUUUAUGUUUAAUCAAAAAUUACAGAUGAAUAACUAUGAAUUUUUCUGUGGACGUAUGUCUAGUGAAACACUUGCAAUUAAUGGUUCAUCAUGUGUUACAUCCACUCAAGUAAUUGAUUUAGUUGUCGCUAUUCUAUCGAUUUUAUGUCGAUUGGGUUUAGUGCAUCAAUAUUCCCAUGGACUUUUUGGUACAAUUUAUACACAGAUUCAAGAACUUAUAUUACUACUUCAUCUACCAUCUGCUCAAGUAAUCCGUCUUAGUGAUCACCAGUUAGCACAGAUUAUAGUUGCACACAUGGACCAGUCUUUAUGCCAAGCAAUGGAGAGCCUUUCAAGACUUUUUCGGAUUGACAAAAAGAUUUUAUUCAAAGAACUCAUCGCAGCUUUAUUUAUCACCUUGGUAAUACGUGGGAAUCAAGAGAGCCAUUUACGGAUUAGACAACUUAUUUCAGAAGUACCCUACCUAGAUAAUCAACAAGAUUAUAUUGGUAAAAUCGUUCAGCUAUGUAUUCUACCGGAAACUUUGGUGUACAUUUUCACUCGUACGUCAAAAGAUGAUCAAGCGGUCCAUUUAGCCUUUCUCGAAGCUCAUCUUAAUAUGUCAAUCGAACGAAUAGCCCGUCUGAAUGAUAUUUCCCGUCUUAUGCAUCAGUUUAUCCUUCGACUUUAUCCUUAUCGUGUUGGGGCUUGCUUGGGACUACGAUGGAUCUCUUCAAUUAUUCUUCCACAGUGUGGGACACAAAUUAAUCGUACACUAGUUAGUGGGAGGAACUUUGUUCUGGCUGAUUUUCUAGGACACUAUGUCUGUGGAAUAUUGGCAUUUUUUGAUAAUAUGCUGUUAAAUGAUGAUGUUAUACUUGAACAUCGUUGGUCAGCCUUACGAAGUUUAGUUGUGUUCAUAAAACUUCUUGGUUCAAAUCAUGUUACUCGUAUGCGAGCGAAAUUUUUGGCUAAUCUGAAAAUAUGCAUGCGUUAUAACACAUCACCGUUUGGAAAAGUUGUUGUAAAAGCAUGGCGUAGCUUUAUACGCAUGUUAGAACCAGAAUCAUUAGAAGAAUUGCUUCCUGAUUUAGGUGCUACUCUUGUUGGGCUCUUUUCCAGUGAUCCUGAUCAAGUAAUAGAUUUAUUUCAUUAUCUAUUUCUAGAAAAAAGAGAACAAAUCGGAGAUCGAUUAUCAUGUUUAUUCUUUUUGCCUCGACUACCUGCUCUACUGACAUGUCAACAAAUUCUGGAUGAUUUAUGUCCAUGGCGUGUAACGUGUUUCAUAAAUGGUGUGGACCCUACAGAAGCGGAAUUCCAUCAGCCUCUUACAGCAUGGUUAUCAGCUCUAACACAUUCUAGUAGGUCUGUACGAAGACUUACCUUGACGUCAGAAGUAAAUUUGGGAGCAAAUGAUCAACACGGCAAGAUUCUACAAUCUCGACUUUGGGGUUUGCCAAGUUUGUUUGAUCAUUCGAUUUCUUCAGCAAAAGGAGGUGAGAUCCGAAGCAUGUCUUCAGAUACGACACACUCUGUGGAUUCUGCAAGCGGGAUUUCGUUUCGUGGAAAUACGAUGUUGUUGGCUGAUAUUGUGGCUUCAUUACUGGAGGGUCUUGCUAGAGACACUGAUGAGAAAAUGAGAUUGUUAUACGCACAGUGGCUUGGGAACCUGGGGGCUGUUGAUCCUUGCAAGCUAUAUUUAUCUAAUGGAGAAGUAAAAACUGGUCAGAUCGAAAAAGAAUCGGUCAUAUUUGUAAAUGAUCGUCGUUUUCCGUUUCAUAUUUUAUGUGAAUUAGCAAAAAUAUAUUUACGUGCUGCUAGUCCCAGACAAUUAGAUUCAGCAGCUUUAGCUGUUCAGGAGUUGUUAAAGUUAUUCAAAGUACCAGACGUUGGAAAAUCAAACAAUUCGUCGUCUUUAACAACACAAGAUCCUGCGGAUAAUUCACUCAACUCAUUUUUUUGGGGUUCCGAAUUAUGGAAUUUGUUCCCUGAACAUUUACGUGACCUUUUUGCUCCACUUCUUACUUCUAGAUAUUCUGUAGAAUCGUUUAUCAACUGGUCAGCUAUACGUAUACCAAUAAUUACAAAUGAAGUUGAUCUAACCUACGAAUCAUGGAUACGUCUAUGGUCUGGUUCUUUGAGCAGUCACAUCAAAUCUCCUGUCGUUUUUAAUAUUUUCCAAUUUUGUGAACCUGUUGUAAAAGCGGAUGCAACAUUUGCUAGAUUAAUGCUAGAACAUUCUGCCUUACAAGUCUUACUAGAUGAUUCACAAAAUGGAAUAUCUGCACUAAAUUCUGAAAUUUUAGCUGUUCUCACAGAAGUAACUGAAUCGAUUCAUGAGAAUGGAAGUCAUGUUGAAUUUGACUAUCUUUUAAAAAAUGUCGAUCUUCAGGAAGUUCAUCCUGCAAGUAGUCGACCGUGGCAGCCGUGGUUCCCAUUGUCUGUUCAAACAAUUUUCAGUUUAUUGGAUUAUUUAAGGCAUUGGUUAAGGAUUCAGCAGGAAUAUCAAGCAACAAAGUCGACUGUAAAACCUGCCAGCGCUGUUCAGAAUGUCCUUAAGGAUGUGAAUAUUCUUCAACAUGCUGUAGCACCGUUGGAGGGUGUCGAACGUGUUUCUUCAUUUCUUUCAAACAUUCCUAAUUUAUUACAAGCCAAAGCCAGUCUACGAUGUGGCAGCUUUGCUAGGGCAUUAUUACAUUGGGAGUUAGCAUACGGUGAGGACACAGAAGCCCAACAAUCAGCGUUUGUCACUGGCACUGCUAUUUGUCGAUCUAAUACUGAUCAUACUCUUGGGUUUACGAAAACAGUUUCAGACCAAGUUGGAACGAAUUCUAUUUUAUCAUCUGAUAUACAAUCUACUCUGCAAUUCUCUAAUGGACUUCGUAAAACAGUUUUCACAAUACUCAUUGGCUUACUGGAUACUUAUGCAUCUCUACACGAUUCAGAUGGUUUAGCAGGUGUCUUAUCAGCUACUCAGUUAGCGUUUACUGCUUUUAGCCAUGAAUUUAAUAAGGGGAAGCAACAUGAAUCAAAAUCAUGUAAUAAUAAUAUGGAAUUGUCAAGCGAUACAACACAACGCUUUUCAUUACUUCGCGCUCUAGAACUAGAAAACGAAGGACAGCUAGAUAUGGCUGCUGCUGCCUACGAACAUAGCUUGGCUACUUCUGAAUCUAAUUACCGUUCUUCACAAUGUCAACAGCCUUCUAAAGAAAUUCGGGAUAACCAGCAUUUACUGAUGUACAGUGGUCUGUUUCGUUGUGAACUUCCUGACCCAGCUCGAUUACAUGGUCUAGUUGAACGAGCAGGUGCUCUUGUGAGAAAAUCAAAAUCCCAUUCGAAUACUUUCGGGAAUUCAACUGUUUGGGUAGAUUGUCUGAACGCUCAUCGAGCGGAAGCAGCUUGGCGUUUAGGCGACUGGGAAACUCUACAGGAAACUACUAACAUGAACCUCUUUGAAUGUUCUUGGUCGAUUGGACUAGGUCGGCUAUUUUUAGCAAUGAAAGAUAAGCGAACAUCUGAUUGGUCAAAAAUCUUAGCCCGUUUAAGAAUAGAUCAAGUGACUGAACUCGGCGCUGCUGCACUUGAAGGUCCUGGUGGUUAUAUACGUGCUUAUGAUACAAUAGUCCGUUUAAGCUCUUUAUCUGACAUCGAAUUGAUAAGUUCUUUAGGUGAUGUUAUCAUGAAUGAAAUUCGAAAUCCAACAAAUUCUCGAUCAUCGGAAAAUAAACUUUCAAAUAUCGUUGAGACAUCUUUAAAAUUAUUAGAAACUCGAAUACGUGUUAGUCGACCAACUUUUCAUACUUUAGAACCGGUUUUAGCUAUUCAACAUGCAGCUUUACAACUUGUCACUUCAGCUCUAAGCUCAUUGAACAGCGAUGCAUAUCAAAUAUCUAAUCGAGAAGUAUUGAAUUCUACAAUAUUGAGACUACGUACUGCUUUAGGUUAUAAUUGGUUAGAACGUGCUAAACUAGCUAGAAAAUCUGGACAAUUUAUGGCAGCUUAUACUUGUGUUCUUCGUGCUGAAGAUUUUGGAAUUCCAGAUGCUCUACUUGAAAGGGCUAAACUAUUAUGGCAGACUGAUAAAAGAGAAGCUGCUCAAGCAUGUUUGGAUAAGGGUAUACCAGACGUUUUUGGUUGUAGUAUUUUCAAUGUUCGUAACAAACAAUCCAAUGAAAAUAUUGAAGUUUCUACAGAAUAUAGAACCAUUUCUGCACAACAGGCUUUACUUCUACGCACGCGUUAUUGUGAAGAAACGAACAGAUAUGAUUUUGAAACUACCGGAAAACUCUAUGAACAAGUUUGUGGUUUUAAUUCCGGUUAUGAAGAGGCUCAUUUUCGUCUUGCACGUUAUGUGGACCGGGCUCGAACUGAGGCAGUUGGCUGUAAACAACAAAAUGCACUAAUCAAAGUAGCUUUGAAACACUACGGUUUAGCUUUAAGUUAUGGCAGUCAAUUUAUUUAUCAGUCAAUGCCAAGAUUAUUAACAUUAUGGUUGGAUUAUGGUCAAGAUUCUGUUCGUAAUUUUCAUGAAUUAAAUAAGUCUCAAAAAUAUACUGAAGAAAAUAAUCUACAUUCAGAACAAAAAGUCUUCAAUGAAGUUCAAGAGCUUAUGCGUAUUAAUUGUCAGCGAAUUCCUGUUUAUCAGUUUUACACUGCUCUUAGUCAACUGUUAUCGCGUGUGUGCCAUGAAAUUCCAGCUGUAGUUACUACGUUAAUCGAACUAGUAGUCCGCAUUUUUGAAGCUUAUCCGUUACAGACCAUGUGGUUUUUGAUUCCACUGAAUGACUCUACUGUCCGCCAACGAAGAGAUCGCUGUCAGCAAAUUUUCAACAUGAUUAAAACAAAACAAUCACACUUGUCGAAAUUUAUUGCUGAUUCUAUCUCCUUAUGCAAUCAUCUGAAAACAGUAUGUGGAUUAUUCAUGACGGCUGACCGACGCGAACUUCGUAAUUUUAGUUUACGUCAAACUGUGCGUCCAAUUACACGUCUUAUUGAAAGCAGUGAAUUCUCACGUAUCCUUAUACCAAUUCAUCGUCAACUAGUUCCUAAUCAUUUACUACCCAACGCUACUUCUGAACAAAUCGCUCAUCAUUGGCCAUUUGCUGAACAACCAGAUAGAUUAGUUUGUCUUACACAUAUAGAAGAUUCUGUAGAAAUAUUGGGAUCACAGACUAGACCGAAGAAAAUGACGUGGGUUGGAUCAGAUGGUAGAGAGUAUAUUAUUGUUGCCAAACCUAAUGAUGAUCUUCGUAAAGAUUCUCGAUUGAUGGAAUUAAAUGGAAUGAUCAAUAAAUUUUUAGUUAUCAAUGAAAAUACCCGACGACGUGCCUUGCAAAUUCGUACUUAUGCGGUAAUUCCUUUAAGUGAAAAAGGUGGAUUAAUUGAAUGGGUUCGUAAUACACAGCCAUUUCGAUCUAUCAUCACACGUCUGUAUAAUGAGAUUGGUAAACCUAUCAAUUGGGCUAAUAUGAGCCGUGUAGCACCUUUGCUUGAAGAUCCUUUAUCAGUGAAACGUGAUAAAUACUUGAACAAAUGGUUACCUAUGUUCCCACUUGUAUUCUAUAAUUGGUUUCUAAGCACGUUUAGCAAUCCAAGUUCCUGGUAUUCAGGACGGGAAUGUUAUGCACGUACUUGUGCAGUUAUGAGCAUGGUUGGUUAUGUUCUCGGUCUUGGUGAUAGACAUACAGAGAAUAUAUUGUUCGACUCUAUAUCUGGUGAUCUUGUUCAUGUUGAUUUUUCGUGUGUAUUCAAUAAUGGUCUUACUUUACCUUGGCCCGAACGUGUUCCAUUCCGUUUAACUCGCAAUAUGGUUCAUGCUAUGGGUCCAACAGGUUAUGAAGGUACAUUCAGACGUUGUUCAGAAGCAGUUAUGCGUUUACUACGUCACGAAAUCGAUCCACUCUUGGCAGUGUUCCGUCCAAUUUAUUUUGAUGCUGUUGUUGAACAAACUGGAAACGUACGAAGUAACGCAUUGCCUGGUGGUGAAAGUACUGGACGAACUCGCCGUGGUGGUUCUACAUCAGAUGGAAACGCAUCAUCCGACUUGGACUUGACAGAACGUGCAACCAGGGCAGCUACAGAAAAAUUAGCACGUAUGGAAGAUCGUCUUAAAGGUAAAAUUACAGAACAUGAUGGAUUCAGCCAGAUUUUACCUAUGUCUGUUGAAGGACAAGUGGAUACUUUAAUUAAAGAAGCUACCGAUGUUGACCGACUCUGUCAAAUGUAUAAAGGAUGGAUGCCAUUCUUAUAAAUCUAUCUGAAUGCUUAGGUUUUUCAAAAAUAGAUUAUUCCUUUAUUGUUUGUAUAUUACUGUUACUACGUUGAAACACCUCCUGCUCAUGUAUAUUCAUUUGUAUAUUUAAUUUUAGUAAAACAUCCUUGUUUACUCCUUGAUAAAGUUCAAUUUUACAUUGAAUAUGUAUAGUUUAAGGUAUUAGGAUAAUUAAUUCAACAAAAUUUUUAUCGUCUCCAUUGACAGAAAUCAUGAUAGAGUAUGAGUAACUUAUGUGUGUUUCUAUCACUGUAUGUGUACAAAGUCGCAAGUAUGUAAUAAAAUGUAUUGCAUAUGUAUAUUUUUAUAUAGAUAUUUUUCUAGCUUUAACUUUGUUCGAUUUUCAGUUGGAUAUGAGUAGAUAAGUUGGUAUAGUAAUUUUGAUUAUUCCAUACGGGAAUAGAGAUAAGUAAAUAGAUUAACUUAAUCCCUUGAUAUUGAAUGAUGAUCGCGCCGAGUUGAAGGCGUUCAGUUAAGUGGAUUAUUAGGUUUUAGACAAGUGACUAUGAUGUUUUUAAAGCUAGUCGCAAAAGUACUGAAUAUGUUCGAUAGUUAAUUUAUAGUUCUUCAUCUAAUGAUAAGUCAGUAAAAACAAUCUUGUUCAUUCAUAAGGUAGUUUUGUUCUUAAAUACAUAGUUGCCCAGUAUAAACAUAAUAUCAGUUAGACUAAUUGUUGAAAUCAAUUGGUUAAAAGUAACACGCUAGAUUCAGAUAACUUGUUCUCCGGUAAGUUUAAUAACAUUAUUAAAAGUGGAAUCCAACUAAGUGUUUUGUAAGUGUAUCUCCUUCACCAUAAAUUUUUCUCCUCUAUUUUGUAUAAAGUUCUAGUUUAAAGUAUUCUAGAAUGAUCACGGACACUCGCUGUUUAGGGUGACUGACUAUAUUAACUAUAGAUUGAUUCCACUACUAUGUAAAUUAACAAGAUACUUAACAAUCAAGGCCAAUUCCGUCUUAUAGCUUCACCGAUCAUUGUCACUUAAAUGAUCAAAAUGUUAAAUAACCUUGUUAAUCGUUGUCUUUCUUUAAGUAAGUUGACAUUUUCUGCAGACUCGAAAACUGUAUUCCCAAGUUAGGCACAUUAUUAUCUAUUUCAUACGUACUGUAGACAUAUAUAGUCUCAUAUAUUUGAGAAUGUAUCAGUUUUAUCUCUAGCAUCAACCUUUUAUCUGUGUGUCAUUUUUAUCACCCAACGUAGUGUAGAUCCACUUUUUUAAACAAAUCGAAAAGUUAAUUGCCCUUAUAAAACAAAAUUUUAAUUAUUUCAGUUUAAGUAUGAUGGCUGUGAUUGGUUCUAUCAAAUGACCUUAAUCAGUUCGUAAUUGUGAACCACAUCACAUCUUAAUAUUUUACUCGACAAUGGAAUUAGAGAGAAUAUUUUUGAAGAGAUGUUUUAUCAAACAUAAACCUGAAGGUAAUCAGUUAGAUGCAUACUAUUUUUUAGUUAUCAUAGAUUUUAUUACUGUUACGUCAAUCAGCAUAUAGUUAUUGUAAUAAGAAAGCCCACUUGCUUCUAAUCAUCAAAAGUUCUGUUCAUUACGUGAAAGUUCAUUUAAACCAUAAAUCUCCAUAUUCAUCCAUCUUCGUUUCUAUGAUUAAGCAUUUCCCCACUGUUCGAUUAACAGGAUAUUAUUGUUGUCCUGGAUUAUACAAUAACAUCUUCGGUUUAGUUUAGAUUACUGCAACUGAUAUUUAGAUAGUUUGAAGAUAAAUUUAUUACCAGACAUAAUAUAAUUUAUACCCCGUCGGAUUUAUGAGUUUUUUUAAUUCGUGUGCUAAGUUUUUCCUCGGCAAGUUAUAAAAUUCAAUAUUCUGAAUAAAUUUGAAUUAAUACUCUUUCAGAAACUUCCUCAUCUUCAGGUAGGAGUCAUAUUUAUGAGCCCCUCUACAAUAGAUCACUUCGAGAUCGACUAUUUGGUAGAUACACACUACGAUCGUUAUGAAGUUAAGAAGACUUCAGCUGUUUUGUGGAAAGAUCUGCUGUUUACUGAUACAUUUAUGUCCCCUAGUCUCUUUUUAAGCAAAAAGCAAUGCACACGGCUUAUCAUCUCGCUUCAGUUUCUACUGUUACACCUGUUUGUAAAUCUAGUAAAUGAUUAUUGUUAUUAUUCAACAAAGUUCUUAGUAAUCACUAUGCUAUGGUUUUUGCUAUAUGUGAACUGAUUACAUCUGCGCACCAACCCCACCGUUAAAGCCGUUAUACAUACACUCGAACUGCUUCUUAAAUCGCGUUAUCAAGGGUAAGUGCGAACUCAAGAUGUUCAUUUGUCUCUCGCUAUGUCAGAACAUCACGGAGUAAGCCGGUAUAUGUAACCUGUUAAUCCACAACUACUUUUCGGAUGAUAAUAAAUUACUGUUCUCAAACGUCGUGUGAAUAUUUAUUACUUAUUCUAGUGAUAAUUUCGAAAUAUCGUUACGCCAUACUUCGCAAAGCCAGUUUUUAUGUGGACUAGUUACGUGAUAUCCUACCAGGAACACUAUUUCAUUAAAUACGAAACCAGCCUAAUAUACUAUGUAUGUGAUAUUACAUGACUUCAUUUUUUGAUAAUCCUCUUGCUCAUAUGAUGUAGUUAUUUUCCUUAUUACUGAUAAGAACUGUUUCGAGUAACAAACAUCGUUUGAAUAAGAUAACAUUUGAUUGUAUCAUUGAUUUCACUCUAGUGACAGCCCGUAAGGAGAUUCGUCUAAAAACCAAACCUGGAAAUCAGUCAGCCAAGGUUCAGUAUACUUUAGAAAUAAGACCUCCACUGAUUCACUUAAAUGAUCCCAAGGAAUUUUAUUUGGAUGUUAUUGGAUCCCAAAAUAAAUGGUCUGCGAAGUUCAAGUUCACUGAAAAUCUUGCUGAUUUACAAUCAUCUGUCGGAAAGAUUGAGCGAGGAAACGUUGGAAAGAUUCAGUACUUGAGGAUCUCACCUUGUGAAAACAACAUCGAGUCUAGAUACGUUAUGGAUAGUCUGAAAGUGACUCAAAAUUUAGAGGCAAUGGAAAUCUAUCAUUUGUUGAAAAGCCCACAAUUCUAUAAAUUAUUACCGUCUGAGUUGAGGAGCUGUUCGCUACAGGACUAUUCACUAAUAACACAGUACAACUGUGAAGGUUUAGAAAAAGGAAAAUUUAAUGUAUCUCUACCACUAGCUAAUAAAUACCUCUUUGAGGAGUCGGCUUACGGCAACUUCAAACCACCUUUAACAUACUCGCUCGAAUUUUCAGAUAUAACUGUCGGUUUAUAGCGUAAAAAAAUUGGACGUUCGGCCGGUGUCCAGAAUCUACGACUAACUAUUGUUACAAGCUUUUAGUAUCGAUCCUUGUGAAAAUAACAUCGUUGAACAAUUAAUAUUCUGUAUCCAAAUGCUUUACCUUACAUACUUGACAGAAACAUAUUGAAUACUGCU